AUGGCCAUGAAGAAGGCUACCACAACGCCAAGGAUGAAGGCUCUGCAAGCAAGAUUCGACGAAAUCUUAAAAGGAGGGACUGCACUUCACCUUCUUGCAACUGUUUCUCAAACUACAGAGAGGAUCCCCCGGGAUGUUGACAAAGAGAAGAUACAAGACAUGCUAUUAUGGGACGGCGACCAUGAGCAUCAGCAACAAGAAGUUCGUGUGAUCGCACUUGUAGGCAUGGGAGGAAUUGGAAAGACAGCUCUUGCCACAAGUCAUGUACAACGAAGGAGAGAGUACAAAUGA